GGUUAUAACUUCAUGGCACCAAGCAAACUUAGAAAAGCAAUUGGGGCUGUGAAGGACCAAACAAGCAUAAGUCUAGCAAAGGUAGGAGGAAGCAAUUGUUUGUCCGACCUAGAAGUUGCGAUUGUUAAGGCUACUAGACACCAAGAGUACCCGCCUGAGGAGAGGCACAUUCGAGAGAUUCUAAGCUUGACUGCUUAUUCUCGAGCCAAUAUUGGUGCUUGUGUUGAUAACAUUUCGAGACGUCUUGGAAAGACAAAGAAUUGGGUUGUGGCGCUCAAGUCAAUAAUGUUGAUCCAUAGAUUGCUAUCCGAUGGCGAUCCCUCCUAUGAGCAGGAAAUUUUCUUUGCCACAAGACAAGGAACAAGGCUUCUUAACAUGUCUGAGUUUCGAGAUACCAGAUCUAAUUCAUGGGACUAUUCUUCACUUAUUCGUACCUAUUCUUUAUACCUUGAUGAACAACUUGAGUAUAGGAUGCAGAAUCGGCGUGGAAAGCGCAGUGCCUACGCCUAUGAUGAAGAGUUAGACAAUGUUGAACCUGAAACUGUCGUGGUGAAACAACCCACUCCGUUGAGCGAAAUGAAGAAUGAGCACAUUUUCUCAAGGAUGCAAUAUCUCAUCCAACUUCUUGACCGAUUUUUAGCUUGUAAACCCGCAGGUUUGGCAAGGACCAACAGAACUGUAUUUGUGGCUCUAUAUCCACUUGUGAAUGAGAGUUUCCAGAUAUAUUAUCAAAUAACAGAAAUAAUAACUAUCUUGAUUGAUAAGUUCCAAGAACUAUCUAUUCCCGAAUCUGUCAAGGUUCACGAGAUCUUCUGUCGUAUUAACAAACAAUAUGUUGAUCUUGAACAGUUCUACAAUUGGUGUAAAACAGUUGGAAUUGGACGAUCUUCUGAAUAUCCAGAUAUUGAGAACAUUCCACAAAAGAAACUUGACCUUAUCGAUGAUUUUAUACGGGAGAAGUCCAUAUUGGGACAGAAUGGAAAUGCAAUGCGUUAUGAACCUAAAAGUGAGCUGGUUGAAAAAACUCAAGAGCCAGAGCCAGAACCAGAACCAGAACAGGCGAUGAAUGAAAUAAAGGCAUUACCACCACCAGAGGGAAUUCCUGAAGAAAUAAAGGAAGAGAAACACGAAGAAGAAAAUAAAGAGGUGGUGAAAACCCAAGACGUAGCUGACUUUUUGAACUUGGGUGAAAAUUCAUUAACUAUGGAAGAACAUGGAGAUCAAUUGGCUGUAGCACUCUUUGAUGGUGGUGGUCCAACAACUGAUGGUCCUUCAACAACUACUUCACCGUGGGAAGCGUUCAACAAUUCAGGGGAUUGGGAAACAGCACUUGUUCAGCACACGAGCCAUUUGUCAAACCAGAAGGCUUCCCUUCCUGGAGGUUUCAACACAUUAAUGCUAGAUGGAAUGUAUCAACAAGGAGCAGUAGCUCAAGUUGUAGCCAACUCAGGGGUUGUAGCUACUGGAAGUGCUCGCAGUGUCGCGCUUGGAUCAGCUGGUCGGCCGGCAAUGCUAGCCUUGCCUGCACCUCCAUCAGCAGACAGCGGAGCUCAAAGUACAGCCGGUACAACCACUGAUCCUUUUGCAGCAUCACUAGCAAUAGCUCCACCAUCAUAUGUUCAAAUGUCAGAAAUGGAAAAGAAGCAGAGACUAUUAGUAGAUGAGCAAGUAAUGUGGCAACAAUAUCAAAAGGAUGGAAUGCAAGGACAGGUAGGAUUAGCAAGGACGACACAAUCAAACCCUUAUGCAUACAACACAGGAGGUUACACACAAACCUUCUAGCUAGAGGUUCCCUAAAUUAAUUAGAACGUCUCCGU